AUGAUGCCUGAAGCUGCAGAUUUUGAUGAAGCUCAAAGCCGUUGGGAACAAACAGUAAGACUACUAAAACACCCGGAAGACAUUAGCAUGAUAAUCGAUGAAGAGUCCAAGCCCAUGAUUCAAAGGGUUCCAGGAAAUUUGAGAGGACGGGUAGAGUUGGAAAAGUUCUACUUGCCCAACCUCAUUUCAAUCGGUCCAAUUCAUUUUUUAAAACCUUACGUGAAGCGAGGUGAGUUAUACAAGGUCGUGUGGACAGCAAUGUAUCUCAACAACACCAAUCAAACCUACGAUUAUUUAUGUGAAAUAAUUCGUAAUUCAUUUCACGAACAUCUUGCGGGCUUGUUCACAGAAGAAUGUUGGAAAUAUGAUGAUGCCCACGACUUACGGCGCUCCCUGCACGUGGAAGAAAUGUUGGUAGUGGAUGGAUGUUCAGUGCUUCACGUGUUGGACAAAUCUGUGGAUUCUGAUUAUCCAGAUAAAGAACUCAAGGUUAACGUUGACCAGCUUGUGCGGGUGCAUCAUGAUCUGCUCCUCUUGGAGAACCAAAUUCCUUACCAAGUGCUCAAGCUGUUAUGCAACGACAAAUCGAGGCGAAAGAGAUGCAUGCACAAUUUCCUUUUGGUGCAUGGUAUUGGGCAGGCAUCGAAAAGAAAUGGUGGAGAAAUGUCACAAGAGCACUAUAUAACAGUCCAAGAGAAUGAACAAGACGAAGAGGAACCAGUUCAUCUUUUAGACUAUUUAAGGAGGGCCCUUUUGAGAAGGGACCGAAACCAAGUGAAUAAGGAAAUAAAGAUGAAGCAAAAAUGCCUGCACCUUAGAAAAUACAGGAUCGGGACCGUACGUGAGCUCAAGGUAGCAGGGAUUCGAAUAACUAAAUGUUCCAAUUCUUUCAGCCCCUGCUUCAUUGAUGGAAAACUACAACUUCCUGAUAUCGUUGUGGAUGGUUCAACAGCUCUUAUUAGCUUGAACCUUAUAGCGUAUGAGAUGUGCCCGGACUUUGGGAAUAACUUUGAGAUCACCUCACUCAUAGUGUUUCUAAGCUCUCUCAUUGAGCAACCAGAGGACGUGAAGGAGCUAAGGCGUGCGGGUGUACUUUGUAACCAACUUGCCAGUGAUAAAGAGGUGGCGGAUCUGUUUAACAGGAUGGAUGUGCUGGUGGUGCCCGAGACUGCUACAUUUGCUCUCAUCAGAGACCACAUUGAAGCGCAUUGUAAGACCAAACGUCGCAAGAUCAAAGUCUUGCGUUGGAUGGGAGAGGCUUCCCAUAACUACUUUCGAUCACCUUGGACCAUUAUUGCCUUGUUGGCAGCCAUGCUUGGUCUUACUCUCACAUUUAUUCAAACCUGGUACACUAUCCGCUGUAAAGGUUCUUAA